AAAAUUGUUGACGGCCGCGGUUGGUCUGACGAAAUCGAUCCCAUCACUCCGCGCCCUAGAGACGCCGCCUUGUUUGCUCUCUCUCUCCGAACAAGGCGGCAGAGGGGGGCUUGCCGGCGGCGAAGCAAGGUGAGCUACCCCACCAAUUUUCUCCGGCGACCGUCUCUCCGCCAGGCGUUUCUCUCCGGUGAUCGGCUGCUGCUCCCACCCUCUCGCGGUACGGGAUAGGCGGCACUACCUAGCCAUGUCAAAGAAGAGGGGUCUUUCGUUGGAGGAGAAACGGGAGCAAAUGCUUCAAAUCUUUUAUGAGAAUCAAGACUUCUAUCUGCAAAUCGGCAUCUGAGCUACACUUCGGUUUUCACCAUUAUACUUGAACACACAACUACCUAUACCGGUGCCAGCAGUAUGUACAUGUAUAUCUCUUAAAGAGCUUGAGAAGAUGGGUCCUAAAAAGGGAGUGAUCAGCCAAUCUGUUAAGGAUGUUGUGCAAAGCCUGGUGGAUGAUGAUCUUGUUUUGAAAGACAAAAUAGGGACUUCUGUGUACUUUUGGAGUCUUCCCAGCUGUGCAGGAAAUCAGCUGAGGACUACUUACAGCAAGCUGGAGUCUGAUCUUUCGAACUCUAAAAAGCGUUACAUGGAGCUUGUUGAACAGAGAGACAACUUGAAAAGAGGCAGGGAAGAUUCUGAUGAGAGGGAAGAUGCUUUGGAGGAGCUGAAGGCUGUAGAGCUACGCCAUAAGAAGUUAAAGGAAGAACUCGCUGCUUAUGCUGAUAGCGAUCCAUCUGCUCUAGAGGCAAUGAAGGAUGCUACUGAGGUUGCCCAUUCAGCAGCUAACAGAUGGACAGACAACAUCUUCACUUUGCAACAAUGGUGUUCUAGUACAUUUCCACAAGCAAAAGAACAACUCGAACACAUGUACAGGGAGGUGGGCAUAACUGAAGACUUUGAAUAUCUGCAGUGAUGCCGAACAGCCUGCCUGGCCUAUUACAGCAUUGUAUGUAAUCCCGCUCAGCACAUGACGUUGGAUCUAGAGUAGUUCACGGAGAAUUGGCACAAAUUCACCCCUACCGUGGGCUAUUUUAACUUCUAAACAGAUAGUGCCACUAUCUGACAAGUUAGUAGUUCACCCAGAAUUUGUGACAAAUAGCCAGCAUCUUGGACUAAUUGAAAAUUUGAAGCAGAUACUGCCAUUAUCUCACAUUAUCGGUUACUUAAAUCAGAUGCCGAGUGAAUCUCUCCAGGAGAAAAUUUCCCUAUCUAAAUGCUGGGUCCCAUGUGGGCACAUUCAUGUAAGAAACUGACAAUCUAAUGAAAUUCAAAAAAGGAGAAUUGAAACAA